AGUACUGCAGCCGCUCGGGGCGAGGGGCUGUGCCUCCGGGACCAUGUUGCUGCGGACUGCUUGGAGGCGGGUGGCUGCGGCCCUGCCAGCAGCUCAGGGGCCCAGUCUCAAGGCGCCCACUCGGGAUCUGCGCCUGCGCGUUGCAGACCAUGCUCCCCAGUCUGCUGUUCCCUCAGAUACAGCCACUGCUCCAGAGAUGGAGUCAGUGCUGCGACCUCUGUAUAUGGAUGUGCAAGCUACAACUCCUCUGGACCCUCGGGUGCUUGAUGCCAUGCUCCCUUGCCUAGUCAACUACUAUGGGAACCCACACUCCCGGACACAUGCUUAUGGCUGGGAGAGUGAGGCAGCCGUGGAACGUGCUCGCAAGCAAGUAUCAUCUCUCAUUGGGGCCGAUCCUCGUGAGAUCAUUUUCACUAGUGGCGCUACUGAAUCCAAUAACAUAGCAAUUAAGGGGGUGGCCAGGUUUUACAGGUCACGGAAAAAGCACUUGAUCACCUCCCAGACAGAACACAAGUGUGUCUUGGACUCUUGCCGCUCACUGGAAGCUGAGGGCUUUCAGGUCACCUACCUCCCAGUGAAGAAGAGUGGGAUCAUUGACCUGAAGGAACUAGAGGCUGCUAUCCAGCCCGAUACCAGCCUGGUCUCAGUCAUGUCUGUGAACAAUGAGAUUGGAGUGAAGCAGCCCAUUUCGGAAAUAGGGCGGAUUUGCAGUUCCAGAAAGGUCUAUUUCCAUACCCAUGCAGCCCAGGCUGUUGGAAAAAUCCCACUUGAUGUCAACGACAUGAAAAUUGAUCUCAUGAGGAUCAGUGGUCACAAAAUCUAUGGUCCCAAAGGGGUUGGUGCCAUCUACAUUCGCCGCCGGCCCCGUGUGCGUGUGGAGGCCCUGCAGAGUGGAGGGGGGCAGGAGCGGGGUAUGCGGUCUGGGACAGUGCCCACACCCUUGGUGGUGGGCCUGGGGGCUGCGUGUGAAGUGGCACAGCAAGAGAUGGAGUAUGACCACAAGCGAAUUUCAAAGUUAGCAGAGCGACUGAUACAGAAGAUAAUGAAGAGCCUUCCGGAUGUGGUGAUGAAUGGGGACCCUCAUCACCAUUACCCAGGUUGUAUCAACCUCUCCUUUGCCUAUGUGGAAGGGGAGAGUCUACUGAUGGCACUCAAGGAUGUUGCCUUAUCUUCGGGGAGUGCGUGCACUUCUGCAUCCCUGGAGCCAUCUUAUGUCCUUCGAGCAAUUGGCACUGAUGAGGAUUUAGCUCACUCUUCUAUCGGGUUUGGCAUUGGCCGUUUCACUACAGAGGAGGAAGAGGACUACACAGUAGAGAAGUGCAUUUACCAUGUGAAGCGCCUUCGAGAAAUGAGCUCUCUCUGGGAGAUGGUGCAGGAUGGCAUUGACCUUAAGAGCAUCAAGUGGACCCAACACUAGAAGAGUGGGCCUCUGACUUUGUGCUGUCCUGGUUGCUCCUGCAUCAUCACUGCACGGCACUUCAUUACACCAG